AUGUAUAAAUACAGUGGUGUAUCCAUCAGUUCAAGGGUCCAGUCCAUCAGUCCUAGGGUCCAGUCCAUCAGUCCAAGGGUCCAGUCCAUCAGUUCAAGGGUCCAGUCCAUCAGUCCAAAGGUCCAGUUCAUCAGUCCAAGGGUCCAGUCCAUCAGUCCAAGGGUCCAGUCCAUCAGUCCAAAGGUCCAGUCCAUCAAUUCAAGGGCAGUCCAUCAGUCCAAGGGUCCAGUCCAUCAGUUCAAGGGUCCAGUCCAUCAGUCCAAAGGUCCAGUCCAUCAGUUCAAGGGUCCAGUCCAUCAGUUCAAGGGUCCAGUUCACCCGUCCAAGGGUCCAGUCCAUCAGUCCAAGGGUCCAGAUCAUCAGUCCAAGGGUCCAGUCCAUCAGUCCAAGGGUCAAGUCCAUCAGUCCAAGGGUACAGUCCAUCAGUCCAAGGGUCCAGUUCAUCUGUCCAAGGGUCCAGUUCAUCAGUCCAAGGGUCCAGUCCAUCAGUCCAAGGGUCCAGUUCAUCAGUCCAAGGGUCCAGUCCAUCAGUCCAAGGGUCCAGUCCAUCAGUCCAAGGGUCCAGUCCAUCAGUUCAAGGGUCCAGUUCAUCGGUUCAAGGGUCCAGUUCAUCAGUUCAAGGGUCCAGUCCAUCAGUCCAAGGGUCCAGUCCAUCAGUCGAAGGGUCCAUUCCACCAGUUCAAGGGUCCAGUUCAUCGGUCGAAGGGAAGAAUUCGAGUUAAAAACAUACCUGCACAUUGA